ACCAGGCCCAGACUUUCCGUAAGUGACAGCGCUCAGGAAGCGGCGGCUCCGCAGGAAGGGGCCGCGGGGACUUUCCCCGGGGCCGGCGGCUCUGCCUGUGCGUGGCCCGCCAGGGGUCUCCCCGGCAGGUAGCCUGCACCCAUGGCCCCUCCGAGCGAGGAGACGCCGCUGCUCCCUCAGCGCUCCUGCAGCCUCUCGUCCUCCGAGGCUGGUGCCCUGCACGUGCUGCUGCCCACUCGGGGCCCUGGGCCCCCUCAGUGCCUAUCCUUCUCCUUCGGGGACCACUCGGCUGAGGAGCUGUGCGUGCAGGCCGCCAAGGCCAGCGGCAUCCUGCCUGUGUACCACUCCCUGUUUGCCCUGGCCACGGAGGACUUGUCCUGCUGGUUCCCCCCGAGCCACGUCUUCUCCGUGGAGGAUGCAGGCACCCAAGUCCUUGUCUACAGGCUCCGCUUUCACUUCCCGGACUGGUUUGGGCUGGAGAAAUGCCACCGCUACGGGCUGCGCAAGGACCUGGCCAGCGCCGUCCUCGACCUGCCCGUCCUGGAGCACCUCUUUGCCCAGCACCGCGGGGACCUGGUGAGCGGGCGCCUGGCGCUGGGCCUGGGCCUGCAGGAGCAGGGCGAGUGCCUGAGCCUGGCGGUGCUGGACCUGACGCGGCUGGCGCGGGAGCGGGCGCAGCCGCCCGAGGAGCUGCUGAGGACGGUCAGCUACAAGGCCUGCCUGCCCCCCGGCCUGCGCGACCUGAUCCGGGGGCUGAGCUUCGUGACGCGACGGCGCAUCCGCACCACCGUGCGCCGGACGCUGCGGCGCGUGGCCGCCUGCCAGGCCGACCGGCACGCACUCAUGGCCAAGUACAUCAUGGACCUGCAGCGGCUGAGCCCGGCCAGCGCCGCCGAGACCUUCCGCGUGGGCUUCCCGGGGGCCUCGGGCGGCCAGGACGGGCCGGGGCUGCUCCGCGUGGACGGAGGCCGCGGCCUCGCCUGGAGCCCCGGGGAACACGAGCCCCUGCAGCCAUUCUGCGACUUCCCGGAGAUCGUGGACAUCAGCGUCAAGCAGGCCCCACGCGUGGGUCCAGCGGGGGAGCAGCGCCUGGUCGCCGUCACCAGAACCGACAACCAGAUCCUGGAGGCCGAGUUCCCGGGGCUGCCCGCGGCCCUGUCCUUCGUGGCGCUGGUGGACGGCUACUUCCGGCUGACCACCGACUCCCGGCACUUCUUCUGCAAGGAGGUGGCGCCGCCGCGGCUGCUGGAGGAGGCGGCCGAGCUGUGCCACGGCCCCAUCACCCUGGACUUCGCCAUUGAGAAGCUCAAGACGGGGGGCUCAGUCCCGGGCUCCUACGUCCUCCGCCGCAGCCCCCAGGACUUCGACAGCUUCCUCCUCACCGUCUGUGUCCAGAGCCCACUUGGUCCCGAUUAUAAGGGCUGCCUCAUUCGGCGUGACCCCACGGGAACCUUCUCCCUGGCUGGCCUGGGCCGGCCCCACAGCAGCCUUCGUGAGCUCCUGGCAUCCUGCUGGGAUGGUGGGCUUCAUGUGGAUGGGGUUGCACUGAACCUCACUUCCUGCUGCCCCCCCAGACCCAAAGAAAAGUCCAACCUGAUCGUGGUCCGGGGGGGCUGCAGCCGGCCCUCGUCCUCUGCUGCCCUGGCGCAGACCUGCUGCCAGCUGAGCCAGAUGACGUUCCACAAGAUCCCCGCUGGCAGCCUGCAAUGGCACGAGAACCUGGGCCACGGGUCCUUCACCAAGAUUUACCGUGGCCGUCGCCACGAGGCUGUGGACGGGGCGGCCCGGGAGACGGAGGUCCUGCUCAAGGUGAUGGUCGCCAAGCACAGACACUGCAUGGAGUCUUUCCUGGAAGCCGCCAGCCUGAUGAGCCAAGUAUCCUAUCAGCAUCUCGUGCUGCUCCACGGCGUGUGUGUGGCCGAAGACAGCAUCAUGGUGCAGGAGUUCGUGCCCCUGGGGGCCUUGGACACGUACCUGCGCAAGCACGGCCACCUGGUACUGGCCAGCUGGAAGUUGCAGGUGGUCAAGCAGCUAGCCUAUGCCCUCAACUACCUGGAGGACAAAGGCUUCCCCCAUGGUAAUGUCUCGGCCCGGAAGGUGCUCCUGGCUCGUGAGGGGGUCGAUGGGAGCCCGCCCUUCAUCAAGCUGAGCGACCCCGGGGUCAGCCCCACCGUGCUAAGCCUCGAGAUGCUCACCGACAGGAUCCCCUGGGUGGCCCCCGAGUGUCUGCAGGAGGCGCGGACCCUGGGCCUGGAGGCUGACAAGUGGGGCUUCGGGGCCACCGUCUGGGAGGUGUUCAGUGGUGUGGCGAUGCCCAUCAGUGCCCUGGAUCCUGCCGAGAAACUCCAGUUCUAUGAGGAACGAAAGCAGCUGCCGGCCCCCAAGUGGACGGAGCUGGCCCUCCUGAUCCAGCAGUGCAUGGCCUACAAGCCGGGCCAGCGGCCUUCCUUCCGGGCCGUCAUCCGGGACCUCAACGGCCUCAUCACUUCAGAUUACGAGCUCCUCUCAGACCCCACGCCUGGUGCCCUGGCGCCCCGUGACGGGCUGUGCAAUGGUGCCCAGCUCUACCCCUGCCAGGACCCCACGAUCUUCGAGGAGAGACACCUCAAAUACAUCUCGCAGCUGGGCAAGGGCAACUUUGGCAGCGUGGAGCUGUGCCGCUACGACCCGCUGGGCGACAACACGGGUGCCCUGGUGGCUGUGAAGCAGCUGCAGCACAGCGGACCAGAGCAGCAGAGGGACUUCCAGCGCGAGAUCCAGAUCCUGAAGGCGCUGCACAGCGACUUCAUCGUCAAGUACCGUGGCGUCAGCUACGGCCCGGGCCGCCAGAGCCGGCGCCUGGUCAUGGAGUACCUGCCCAGCGGCUGCCUGCGCGACUACCUGCAGCGGCACCGCGCGCGCCUCGACGCCCGCCGCCUGCUUCUCUACGCCGCGCAGAUCUGCAAGGGCAUGGAGUACCUGGGUUCCCGGCGCUGCGUGCACCGCGACCUGGCGGCGCGCAACAUCCUGGUGGAGAGCGAGACGCACGUCAAGAUCGCCGACUUCGGGCUCGCCAAGCUGCUGCCGCUCGACAAGGACUACUACGUGGUCCGCGAGCCCGGCCAGAGCCCCAUCUUCUGGUACGCGCCCGAAUCCCUGUCAGACAACAUCUUCUCCUGCCAGUCGGACGUCUGGAGCUUCGGGGUCGUCCUCUAUGAGCUCUUCUCCUACAGCGACAAGAGCUGCAGCCCCUCAGCUGAGUUCCUGCGGAUGAUGGGGUACGAGCGAGACACGCCCGUCCUCUGCCGCCUCCUGGAGCUGCUGGCCGAGGGCCAGAGGCUGCCCGCACCCCCUGGCUGCCCGGGUGAGGUCCAUGAGCUCAUGAAGCUGUGCUGGGCCACCAGCCCCGGAGACCGGCCAUCCUUCAGCACCCUGGGUCCCCAGCUGGACGCGCUGUGGGGUGGGAGCCGGGCCUAGUGCCCUCACCCCCAGAGCAAAUGCACCACCCCAUCCUCCCAGCUCUCCCACACACCGACCCCUGGGUUCCAGUCCACAUGGCCUGCUGUGUGACUGCGGGCAGAAAAGCCCCCUCUCUGGGCCUCAGAGUCCUCACGAGUGUCCCCAGCCUCUCAGGGACUCCCAUGGAGCAAAUGAGGUUGCAUCUGGGCCACAGCGUGACCCUGGAAUCUGUCAAGAUCAAGAUAGUUGCAUCGGGGGCCCUUCUGAGUCCUGAGCUCCAUCCGCAGAAGCAACAGGCUGGGCUCAAGCCCCCUGCCCCCCGGUCCCUCCCAGCCUGGGGGUGUCCAGUCCCGUGUGGUAUUAGUUAGGGUUCUCUAGGGAAACUGAAUCAAUGAGAGGUGUCUCUGACUAUUAAAUUAUAAAAGUGACUCAUGCAACUGUGGGUAUACACAAGUCCAAGUUCUGUAGAGCAGUCAGCAAACUGU